GCAUUGAUCUUGCGCUGCUACUGGCACGAAACUCAAGCUGCAAAGCUGGCAGCAUGGGUUGUGCCAUCGCUGACAAGUCUGGCAUGAUCAUUGCAGGUCACGUGAAUGGGCCGUUGUGGGAACCAAAUGCAAAGCGCCCUGCAUCUGACCUCCAUGCAGAGGUCAAUGCCAUCGGGCGUUGUGCGCGCUUGGGGCGGACUACUGAAGGGUCUUCAGUUUACGUCACCAUGCCGCCCUGUAAGCGCUGCUUCAUGGUCCUGGUAGCCGCAGGCGUGCGGCGAAUCGUGACUCGCAAGGAGUUCAUGGCCCAGGAUUCUAAGGAUCUUCAACUUGCUGCACGUCGGCUCAACAUCGACUUAAUGGUUGUGUCGGACACACCGGCGCGGCGGGAGCGUCUUGACAAGCUUUUUCAGAUGCGAAAACGUAAGCAUGAUGAAGAUGCAGACCCGCCGGAAAGUGAAUUGCUG